UGUCGUCGUUAUCGAUAACCGAUGAAUAACCGUAUGUGACAGGUUAAUCAAUUGUUUUUUGUACCUCUUGGAGCUCUUGGAGCUAAAUUGUAGAACUUUAUAAUUUGUUGGCUACGUUUCCUAUUAGUACGUGAGGUGGUCACACCCAACGCGUUGUCACUCCACUUAAUUUUUAUUAAAUAAAUUUCACAAAGUCGCCGGUAAAUUCUUAAUAUCAAAAAAGUAAAAUUUGGAGUAAGAAAUUUUGGUCGAAAAUUUAGAAAUAAAAAGAAAUUUGAAAGAAAUCCCGUUUAUACGACGCCCUGAGAAAUGGGAGCAAAACAGUCAGUUGUCGAGGGCGCAAAUUCUGAUGAAAAAUUGAAAUUUGUGCAUAAAAUAUUCGAGGAACGGUUAAGUGAGAAUGUUAUUAACCGACCGGCUUUACUUUACCACGAUGCCGCAGAGUCUGUUCGAUCAACCAGUUUCAAUGAUUUGAAUAGAACGGCCAAUCGUUUAGCUGCUUGCAUAUUGGAAAUGCUCCGGGAUAACGAUGCGAUGCGUAAUCAGGAUGGUGAUUACGUCAUAGCUGUUUGUAUGUCGAAAAACGAUUACUCGAUUACUAUGCUGCUGGCUACAUGGAAGAUUGGAGCGGCAUAUCUAGCAAUUGAGCGUAAUCUUCCUGUUAACCAGAUUCGGUUUUUGGUGAAAGACGCUGCACCAACAAUGAUUAUAUGCGAUCACUAUGCGGAUCGCAGUGCUUUUGAAAAUGUAUGUUGCAUAUCGUAUGAAGAACUCCUUGCAAAAUCCGUACUCUGUGAGGAUGACAAUAUUCACAGUCAAAAUUCCGUCAGAUGUAGUGACGAUGAUAUUGCAAUUAUUUUGUAUACGUCGGGUACUGCUGGCGCAAUGAAAGGUGUGCGUAUUCCCCAUUCUGCUGUACGAAAUAAACUUCAGUGGUUGGAAUCAAGGUUCCCAUUCUCAACGUCAGAAAAGGUUGGUGUCUUGAUUUCUGAGCUGAGUUCGGUCGAUUCUGUUGCUGAAAUCUGGAAUCCGUUAUUGAAUGGAGUCGCCGUGUUAAUUGUACCCUCAGACGUGAUCAAAGAUCCAUCGAAGCUCGUAGAUUUUCUAGAAGCCAACAAAAUAGAGCGACUUGUUGUCACGCCCACGCUAUUGAUGUCAGUUGUAAAUUAUAUCUCGUUGCGGAAGGAGUGUCGGUUGAGCAACCUGAAGACUUGGAUGUGUGGUGGCGAAACGUUGACGACAUUGUCAGCCAAAAAGUUUUUCAGAUACUUCCGCGAUGGCAUGCAUCGACUGUGUAACUUCUACGGAAGUACGGAGACAAUGGGCACUGCUUCCUACUUUGUGUGCGAGGAUAUCAAAGAGCUAGAAGGCGUAUCUAACGUUCCGAUUGGGUAUCCGCUUGAUAACACAUCCAUUUUCAUAAUGAACAAGGACCUGAGUCCAGUCAAACCGGGAGAAAUUGGAGAAAUUUGUGUUGCCGGUUCGAGUUUAGCGAGAGGGUAUGUGGCGGACAAGGAAAAAUCGAAAUUCAUCCCCAACCGUUUCAUGGAUAAUCCAAAAUUCGACCGUCUUCAUCGAACCGGAGAUUUUGGAAAACUAAUCAGAGACGGUUGCAUUCAAUACGAAGGUCGAAUGGACUCUCAAAUUAACGUCCGUGGAAAUUUGAUGAGGUUAUCGGUCAUUGAAACGGGCUUACAAUCUAUUGAUCAAGUUGACGGGGGAGUUGUUGUACUUCAUCAUUCUGAUAACGAAGAUCAGACCGUACUGGUAUUUGCAGUCCUCAAAAGCAAUUUUAAUGGAUUACCAAGUGAUAAGAGCCAAAAAGCCGACGAAAUUGAGAGUGUAUUGCGGUCCAAGUUCGGUGAUAUUGAGAAUCUGCGUGUUGUCGUCAUUGAAUCGAUCCCGUUACUAUUAAAUGGAAAAAUUGAUCGGCAAGCAUUGAUACGAGCCUAUGAAAAUAUGACUGGGAAAAGUAACACUGAAUACGAUCUAACUGGAAUAGCCAACGAUCGAGUGAAUCGAGCACAAGAAGUUUUUGAUAUAAUUCGCAAUGUGAUCGGAACGUCAAGUAACGGAACAAUUUCAGCUCAAAGUAAUUUCUACGAACUAGGUGGGGAUUCACUGAAAUCGAUCAUUGCCGUCGCUCAACUAUGCGAUAUGGGUUACUCCAUUCGACCAUCAGAUUUCGCAAAGACCAAGCGUUUGGGCGAUGUUUUAGACAAAAUUUUCGACGAAGGAAGUGCGAAAGAAACUUCAACGAAAUUCAAAACAAUUCCCCUUGCAAUGCACCAUAAGCAUCACGUGAUUUCGAUAAUAACGACAACUUUCCAUGAUGGAUGCGAUUUGGGUACAUACAUAAUGGAACGCUCCGAUGCCAUUGAUCAUAAAGACUUUGUGGAACAGACGUGGGAUUUUUUAAUCGAAAAAGAUUUGAGUUUCGCUGUUAUGGAUAGUGAUGGCAACAUCGUUGGUGUCAGUAUCAAUAAAGAUGGCCAGGACUUGCCCAAGAUCAAGAUACUGCACUCUCUUGGCAUUAUUUUACAGUUUCUGGAUUCACUUGAAAAGCCUGUGCUCGAGAAACGACUUCCAAACGAAAAAAAGAAAAUUUUCCAUAACUAUGUCAGGGCCACAUCCGCAAAGCUAACUCCACCGGAAAAAGUUGAAGCCAUUCAAAAAAUGGAAGAAGUGAAUUUGGACAUUGCCCGACGUAAAGGGUUCAUUGGCAUUUUGAUUACAAACACAGAUCUGUUGACGCAACAACUUGCAUCCAAUGUGUACGGUUAUGAAACGUUGGUCGAUUAUCAGGUCAAUACGUACGUGCAUCGGGACGGGACAAAACCUUUCCAGAAAGCUCCUGACACACAACGUGUUAUGGUGCAAUGGAAAAGUAUUUCGGAGUCGAAUUUAUAAAUGUGAUGCGGGGAAAUAAAUUUGUAUCUUGGUAAGC